AUGAAUGCAUUACCACCUCUCCCAAACGAACUGCGAUUUAUUAAUUCGUAUCUUCAAAAAGGGCAAGAAUUGCAAACAAGGGAGCCUGUUAUUGCUUAUUAUUGUAAUUAUUACGCGGCCAAACUUGCAAUUAGCAAAGGAUCGAAAACUAAAGAGAGCAAAGUAUUUCUUGCGACGUUGUUGGAUGUACUUGAGGCAGAAAAGAAGGGUCUUAAUGAACACGAAGCAAUCAGCAACGACAUGGCGGGAUCAGCAUACGUGGAAAAUUUUGGACUAAAAAUUUUCUUGAAUGCUGAUAACGAAGAUCGUGCUGGAAAAGCUACAAAGAAAACAGCCAAAAAUUUUCUGGUCGCUUCGAUGUUUCUAGAAUUAUUAAAGAUUUUCGGAGAAAUCGAGACUGAGAUUGAAGAAAAAAUCAAAUACGCAAAGUGGAAAGCUGCCAAUAUAGUCAAAGCAAUAAAUAGUGGACAAACACCAGUUCCCGGUCCACCAGGCGGUGAACCAGAACAAACAAUAUUAGGUGGUGGUGGUGAUCAAAUACAAAACGAAACGCCUAACUUUGAUCAAUUUCCCUCUGCUCCAUUAUCUUCAUCUACAGUUUUACCUGUUAUUUCUUCACCCACUACACUCGAUAAUAAUACCAAUAAUGCUAAUAAUGUCCCAGAUCCUUGGUCAAUAUUUCCUUCACCACCUACUCAAGAGAGUAACAUCAUCAACAAUAUUAAUAAUCAUCAACAGCCACCAGUUAGCACGCAGCAUUUUGAUGCUACUUCGGCGACAAUACAUAAUAAUCAUGGUCAACCUACAAAUACAGACCCCGAACGGAUUCGGGCACCACCACUUCCUCCCAAAAAUAUUUCUUCGCAUGUCGCGGUUGCACCACCUUCUCAACAACAGCUCACACAAAUUCCUUUAGAGAUUGACGCAGACACUAUUGCAAUUGUUCAGAAACAUUCAAAAUGGGCGAUCAGCGCACUCAAUUAUAAUGACAUAAAGACUGCUAUAGAAAAUUUACAAAAGGCUGUUGUGCUAUUGGAACCUUAUAAUAAGUGA